CACAAACACACACACAGAGGUGAAACUGUGUAUUAAAGAGGUGUGGCAGCAGUAGCAAGUGGUUCAGUGUAAGGUGGUUGUUUCUGAUUGUGGAUGUAACUGCGAUCUCUCCUCCACCUGUGGAAUGUCCAACCUGUGGAGAGUUUCAAUGAUUCAGCUCAGCAGUGGCCUCUGCUCCACGCUUACACUCCAACCACCAAGUACAGGAAGCUGAGCUUGGCUGCCAAACAUCCAGUAGUUCCUCUGUGCAAAGCCAACCUCCAUGCACUACGGACUAGAGACUACAGAUACAACAGCAAAACAGAUUCAGUCUGAAUCAAAUCUGAAACACAAGAAUAUAGCUGAAACUGAAGAAGUCUGGUCAUUUCUACCCAUCUCUCAUCUGAUCAUGUCAACUAAACCACCAUUAGCACACUCCCAGGCAGACAUUAACAGCACUGUGGCAUCCAUCCCAGUCACUAAUAGCACUGUCACUGCCACCACCAAUAGCACUGUCCAUGCUGGCACCACAGCUGGGCCUGGCUUCAUCGACAGCCUGCUGAACAAGAUCCCCUUGCCAAGAUGGGCCAUCUAUGCCAUACUGGCUCUCAUUCUGCUGGUGGUGCUGAUCUGUGUGCUGUGCAUUUGCGUCAAGUGCUGCUGCAGGAGGAAGAAGAAGAGGAAGAAAAAGCUGGACCAGCAGGUCAACCUGAAGGGCCUGAACGGCUCCACCACCGCGGCACUUGUCCAGCCGGAUGUGAAUGACGUGGAGUACGGCUCAGCAAAUGACCCCAGGGGAAGGCUUCUAUACUCACUGGAAUACAGUGCACCCAAAUCUGAGUUGACAGUAGGAGUGAAGCAGGCGGCUGCCCUGAAGGCCAUGGACCUUGGGGGAACCUCUGAUCCCUACGUGAAAAUGUAUCUUCUUCCCAACAAGUCCAAGACAUAUGAGACCAAGGUCUUCCGGAAAACACUACAACCUGUGUUUAACGAGCAUUUCAAGUUCCAGAUCAGCCAAGCUGAACUGAGUGAGUCGACACUGGUGAUGCAGGUGUAUGAUUUCAAUCGGUUCUCCAAACAUGAUGUGAUUGGAGAGCUCAGAUUAACACUGUCUUCGGUAGACUGGAACCAUGUGAUCGAAGAGUGGCGUGAUCUGACCGAGGCCUCCAAGUUUGAGCAAGAGAAUCUGGGAGACAUCUGUUUCUCGCUACGCUAUGUCCCAACGGCCAAUAAGCUUACUGUUGUCAUUCUUGAAGGAAAGAAUUUGAAACAAAUGGAUCCAGGAGGAUCUUCUGAUCCUUAUGUGAAGGUUCAAUUGGUACUGGACAGGAAAAAAUGGAAGAAAAAGAAAACAUCAGUGAAAAAGAGAACACUUCAUCCUUAUUUCAAUGAAUCUUUUACCUUUGAAGUUUCCUUCGACCAAAUUCAGAGGGUCCAGCUGGUGAUAUCUGUGUGGGACCAUGACAAAGUCAGCAGGAACGAUGCCAUCGGCAAGAUCUUCCUGGGCUGCGAUGCCACCGGCAACCAGCUGCGGCACUGGGCGGACAUGCUGUCCAACCCGCGCAGGCCCAUGGCCCAGUGGCACACGCUCCUGCCUGCCGAGCAGGUGGAUGGCACUCUGGCGCUCAAGCACACCAUCAAGAUUCCUUUCACUGGCAAAACCUUCUGAUGGCGCUUCAGGAAGAAGAAACAGAAGAUACCUGAUAAUGAUCAAAUAGGGACCUGAAAGAUGCCCAUAGUAAUCGAUGAAACAUCACACUUGGGACUAACAUACACACAAACACUCAGGAGGAAAUGAGCACAGACAUAUGAACUCUCAGGAAAGGUCCUUUCAUGUUUUUACUGUAGUUCAUGACAUAUAUGGGUAAAUCAAUUUUCUAAAAUGAUUUAGUAGUUAACUCUGUUUUGAAAAUAAUCUGAAAAUAAAAUAAUUACUACACAUCA